AUGGAUCGGGUGGACCAAAGCGUAACUCGACACGCGGCCGCGUCGCGGGCGGCGUACGAAACGCUCUACACCGCGUUCGCCGCUCAGCCCGGAGGCAUCAGGGACUCGCACAGGGGCGUGCUCCAGUCGCUCAGGGAGGAGCUCCGGCUGGACCAGGCCUUCGCGGACGGGGUGAAGUCGAGGAACGACAGCAAGAGGCAGAGGAGCCUGAGGGGAUCGUCUGCGGUGGGAGGGGAGGAGAAGUUGAGCGGCGGGGGGGGGCUUGGAGACGGCGGCGCCGGGCUAGAGGCUGCGCCAGGGAUCCAGAUCGAGUGGAAAGAGGACCACAACGAUCUGUGCGAGGUGUGCUCGCACGGGGGCGACCUGCUGUGCUGCGACACGUGCUCGUUGGUGUUCCACACCAAGUGCCACCGUCCGGAGCUCAAGGAGGUGCCUGCGGGAGACUGGAACUGCCAGUUCUGCGUGGCGGACAGCACUCACGUCCCACCUGAGGACCGCGCAGAAGCCCAGCGGAACGUGGCGGCUAUGCGAAGGGUUCAAAACAUGUAUAUGCCGGAGACGAGGGGCGACACGCUUGUCGACGAGAAGCAGAAGGCACUGAGAUAUCGGGGAGUCCACUGGGCCAACAACAUGUUUGUGGUGACCCACUUCGACAAGCACGGCACGAAGGAGUGGCUUACGCUGGGGAAGUUCGCCUCCGCCGACGAGGCGGCGAGGUGCUACGACCGGCACGUGAAGGCCACGGAUGGCACCAAGGCCAAGCUGAACUUUCCGGAGAGCGCGCAGGCACCGCCCAAGACAGCUGCUGGUACUGUCGCCGCCCCCGGAGCCCUGAGCAUACAGCCGACUGACGGGUCCGAGCCCGGCGCGUCGGACGGCACUGGUGGCGCCGGAGGCGUCGCCGGAGGCGUCGCCGGGGUCGGGGGCCGUCGAGAAGCGGCCGGGCGAGCCGCGGGAGGAGGGGGAGGAGGGACCGGCGGGCGUGGGGCUAACACCGCCGCUUGCGCCUUCUGCCAGGACGACGACGAGGUGAUGAUGUGCCCGCUCUGCUCGUGCCGGAAGUGCUACGGCAAGCAGGACCCCGAGCUCGCCCUGCUCUGCGAGCACUGCGACGACGAGUACCACACGUACUGCCUCGACCCCCCGCUCACCGAAGUGCCCAAGGGCAAGUGGUACUGCGACACCUGCAAGGAGGCUGCGGCGGCUGCGGCGGCUGCGAAGGAGGCAGCGUUGAACGACCCAAACUCGCCGUUGGGGAAGAGGGGCUGGGUGCACCCCGCGGCAAGGAAGGCAGACCCGGCGGGUCUCGUGACGAAGGACGGAGCACCGGCGGCGGCACCAGCAGCUGCGCCGGGGACGGUGAGGACGUCGGCCGGUGGAGCGGCUCUUGUCUCUGCUGCUGCUGCUGCGAACGGUGCAGCGGGGGCGUCGGCCCCGGGCGGCGGCGCCGUUGCCGCCGUCACUCCUCGACCACCGGAUUCCCUAGACGGCAGCAGUCAGAACAAGCAGGAAACCGGUUCCCCCUCUCGGCCUGGGAGAGGCCCCCCCCCGGCUGAGAAGCACGCGGCCGCCGGCGGGGGCGAGUGGAGCGGGGACACCGCCGCCGCCGCCGCCCGGUCGCGCUCGAGCCGGCCUCCGAGCGCCCCAAGGGCGGGGAGGGCGCCGAGGGCCGGCGGGACCGCCGGGCCUGCGCCCGCGAGCGAGUCAUCAAUGUCUCCCCGUAAGGCUCGAAUGGACCGCCCGCCAGAUCUCCAGGGGCGAGGACGUUCGGGCGGGAGCAGGACGAGGGGGGAUUGUUCUGGGGCGAAGGCGGCCGCCAACGGCGGCGGUGACGGCGUAGGCGGCGGCAGGGGCGGCAGAGGAGGCGCUUCUCCUGAAGCGAUGGCGGGGACGGCGGCUUCGGACACGCCAGAGGAAGGCAGAAGAAAGAAGAAACGGAUCGAUGAGCUUGGUGCAAUGACGGCGGCGGCGGCAGCGGCGGUGCACACGGCGGCGGCGGGGACGGGUGCGGUUACCGCUGCGGCCGCGGCCGCGGCCACUGCUGGGGCCGUUCCGCUGUCGGCAUGCUCGUCCAUGUCGCAAUCUUCCUCUUCGCCUUCCUUUGCAGCAGUGCGGGUGGCCGCCGCGUCGAUCUCGUCGGUUGCGCCCGCAGGGCGGGGUCCGGCACAAUUCGCGGCGGCGGAUAGCGGUGGCGUGGCCGCCGCCGCCGCUGCUGAGUCGUCGUCGUCGUCGAUGGAUAGACCCAACGUUCGACAACGAAAACGGGCUCACGAGGACGGGGGUACGGCAGCAGUAACGGCACCGGCGGCGGCACCGGCGGCGGCAGUAGAGCCUCAGGGGCAUCCGUUGCCGCCCGGUAGGGCGACGAUGUUAGCGCCCUCCGCGGCGCCCGACUCUGCGGCGGCGGCAGCCGAAGAUGCCACCAGGAGGCCGAACAACCUGAGAAAGAAGCCUCAGCCGGAGGACGUCGUGGUGGACGGGCGCAAGUUCAAGAGAAGACGGGACAGCAUCGACGCGGAAGCGGGCGGAGGCGGCGGCAACGAUGACGCCGUCGCCGUUUCUGCUUCGGCGACGCCGGGCUCCUCCGGCGGGCGCGGCGGCCGGGCGGCGGCCGGCAAGGAGACGUUGAAUGGCAGAGCGCGAGGGGGGCGGGGCGGCGGCAGGGCCAGGGGGAGGGGGAGAGGGGGGCGUUCGGCCGGUUCUAAGCGACCAAAACCGGCGGUCGAGAACGACUACAGCAGGCCAAGGUUGCACCACCGGGCCCCGCCGGUCGCUCCGUCGACCUUGGGAGCGGGCGGGGGCGUUUCCACCGCUCCGGUUCGACGGUCGAAGAGAAAGGUCGAGUCGAUGCACGCCACGCCCCAACCCGAGGGCGUUACCGCGGAAGACCAGAGGCAACAGCAAACCACGGGGGCCGUGAGCAGUGACGCUCUCUCCCGCGACACGCGAUCGGGCGGUGGCGGCGGCAAUGGCAUUGUUGGGGCGGGGACGGGGGCAGGCGGCGGCAGCGAGAAGGGCGCCGUGAAGGUCCAACCGCGCCGGCGGAAGUCGACGAGCCUGGAUGGCGAGCGGCGGGGGGGGGGGGCACAGCAACGCGAGAUGGGGUACCCCAUGACGUCGGGGGCGGCGGUGCUGCGGCAGCUGCACAUGCGUGUGCUGAGCGUGGAGGAGAUGAAGAUGCUCGAUCAGGUCACCGGAGAAGGCAUUGCGGAACACCUCGUAGAGAUGCGCACCAUCUUGGAAGACCAAAAGCGCAGGCUGGAGAUUAAAAUCCGCAGCAUGCAUGACGUGUUCUCUGACUGCAACAGCCAGCAUCAGCAGCGACCACAGCCUACGAAUGGCGUAGUCAUGGUCGGCCAGGGCCGCUUAGAUUCUACCCUCCCUCCGUCACCAUCCCAGCCGGCUGUUGUGGUGCAUGCGGCCGGUGCCGUCCCUGUGGAUGCGGCAGCAACAGCACCGGCGGCGGUGACGGUGGCGGCGGUUGCUGCCGGGGUUGCCGGCGAAAACACUGCUCAGACGGGGGGCGGGUCGACGCCGAUGGCACAGCAGGGGGACAAGGCAGCACCAGCGGCGGCAGCUUGCCAAGAGGGAGGGGCGAACACGUGCUCAGGACAAGCUUCGGAAAUCGCGGGGCGGGUUGUACCGAUGGCAACGGCUACAGCAGCAGCGGCGGCAGCAGCGGCGGAGGCGGGGAGGGUGGCGGUGGCUGAAGCUACCGCCGCAAUUGCGGCCACCGCCACCGCUUGCGUCGACGAGCCUUCGCCGCCGCACCCGCACCCGCAGCAGCUCCAACCUCAACCACCGGUACCAAACAGUCAGGUCGACGGCACGAUCAUCGCGGACACGAACGGAGGGGUCAGCGGUGUCGGGGCCGGCGUCGUGACGAGGGAGAAGGUCGAACCGCGCCAGCCUGCAGAGGUCAUGGCAGCACCGGUGUUGCCGACCCCUGUAGCUCCGUCAGCCGAUUACGGGGUAGUACAACAACCGGAGAGAAAAACGGCAAUUUCGGGAACGGUCGCUGCGGCUGCGGCUACCGCCACGGCCACAGCCACAGCAGCGGCCACCGCUGCUUGUACCGCUUCGCCCGGCUUGAGCGUUGCCACCGCUGGAGCCGAGCACGGCAUCGUUCGCAGGAGCAAGAGACGCAACGGCAGGGACAGCCCCCUCGCUGAGCAGGGCCGAGAGGUGGCGGAGGAAGAAGAGGUGUGCGUCGGGGAGGAGGGCGGGCAGCAGGCGGCGGCGGUGGCUGCCGCUGCCGCCGCCGCUGAGGGCGGCGACGUCGCCGUUCCGUCCCCGGCUGACGCAGGCGGCGCCCCCCGUUCUCCCAAGGCGUCGCUGCCGCCAGGACCGGUAGUGGCCCACGGCGACAUCGUAGCAGCGGCCAUCGCCGCCCUCGCGAACGGCGGCGGCGGGAGCAACGGGGAGUGCGCGGUGAUGGCCGCGGCUGGUACUGGCGGUGUCGCUGCGGGGGGGCAGAAGGGAGAGGAGAGCGCCGCCGGAGCGGAAGGCGGGGAGGAUCAGCAACCCCGGGGCGUGUCUAUACCGGUGGUGGCGGACGACCAGAGGCGAACCAUGGCGGCGCAGGCGAUGCUCUCGUUUCGAUGAGAAAGGCGGCGGCGACCCGCUGUCGUAGAAUUGGGUUUGCAUCCGGGGUGGUGUUGUCCUAUCGUGGUACGGCUCGCUGUAGACAUUUUGCACUCGGACGACGGUUGCCUUUGAUUUUGAUGCCUGCGGCUCUGCUUGUUGCUGGGAGUGGUUGGGUCGGUGCGGUGGGACGGAUGAGAAUGUGGGGCGGGGCCGGGGGGGGGAAGGGGUUGUUGUGUGGGUUGGCUAUGGACGACCUGUUCCCCACCCUAACCCCCCCUCCUGACCGAGCUGCAGGGCCUCGUGCUGGGGUUUGAAGGCUGUCGCGUGCUCACUAUUGGUAUGCAGCUGGGAUGAGGGCUGUUUGUCCGGCACGCCGCCGGGGUGUGUUGCCGGGGUUAAUGUUUCGGGUGUGAAAAUGCUAAACGAUGAAGGGAGUGUCGGGCGGGUGGGCGUACCUGCGGGGCGUUUUUUUUGGGUCGUGGCCGGCGCCGCGUAGCAGCGUGUCUCCUUUUCCUCCUGCGGAUGGUUGUGAUGUUAGCGUGUAUUUUCUGUUUCUCUCGACCGUCCUUCGCAGGAAGUAGACCGCGGCGUUGUUGCUGGUAACGUAGGCGAGAAAGUAGGCCCCUUUGCCCCGCACCCCCUGCUAGCCCUUAGCACCAAGGAGAAGUAGGGUUCCUUAAGGCAUGAUGAGGCGAGACGUGUGUAGGGCGAAACGAGCCACGAUCGGUCGCCGCCGCGUUGCCGCUGUUGUAUUCUUGUUUCUUCGAGUGAUGAUGGUGUUGUUGCACGUUUUUUCUUGGCAUAGUCUACGACGCGAGGCGUCGUUGACGAAAAGAAAAUGGUAUAUACUCCUCUCCGUGUAGUUAGUGUGGGACGUGAUCCCCUCGCAUGCUCUCUUGCUAAAUUUGUCGCCCGGCCUGUCGUCCGAACUCUCGAUGUCUUUGGUUUGGUCCUCGUCGUGCUGCGUGGUGAGCGUGCCACCUACACAGCAUCUGCCGUGAAGGUGCUGUGUACGGGAAAUAGAAAAAACAACUGUCAUCGUCGAGUCAGGUAGUUGGUCUUGUGAAUGUUUCGAUUGUCCGUAGAAUGGACGAGCGGGUAUACACCCCCGCCGGCAGGCGUAACCAAAGUCUGCCAGUGGAGUUUUGCCACAACAGCCGUUUCUCGCCCGG